CACAAAUGUUCGCUGUUUCCUUGGUAACAACAUUACGCUCACUAUUUACCAUACACGUCAACGACUUGUUGAAGCAACAUGGACAUCCAGGAACGAACUGACCUGAACUGUGGAGACAGCAUCGUAGAAAUGGUUGACAUGGACGACGAAAACGUUGCUAUUUCCAGUUCCUCAGCUGCAGACGCUGCUUUUGAUGCUCUUAUUGGCUGCAUAGAGGACAUCAUCAUGGAGGAGGACUUCCAGCAGCUUCAGCAGAGUUUUAUGGAGAAACACUACCUGGAGUUUGAGGACUCUGACGAGAACAAGCUGAGCUACACACCCAUCUUCAAUGAAUAUGUUGACCUGCUGGAGAAACAACUGGAGCAGCAGCUGAGGGAAAGGAUCACUGGCUUCAACAUGACCACUUUCACAGAGCUGCUCAUGCAACACAAAGAGGAUGUGCCAGGUGACAUCUUUGACAUGCUGCUAACGUUCACUGACUUCAUGGCCUUUAAAGAGAUGUUUCUGGAAUACAGAGCGGCCCAAAGAAUCCUCAAGAUUUAAAGACUGUGUGGAGAAACGGGCUCAAAAUUCCAUCUGAGCACUGUGAGAGAUUAAUUUCUUCAUAAAGGAAGUGUUUUGAAGUCAGCAUUGCCAACAAAGGCCUCUCCAAGUAUUGCAUAAAUUUCAGUUAACGUGUUCAGUACUUUUUUCCUUUGUCAGUCCUCUUUAUUGCACAUAAUUUUUAUGGAUUGAAAUGUUACAAUUUCUGCAGAAGUCUAGUGUUAUUGAGGUAAAACCAUGUCCUGAUGUUGAAAUUGGAAUUGUAUUUUCUGGUAGGUAUAUUGACAGUUGGUGUCAUAUUACAUCAUUAAACAAGUCUGUUUCUUAAAGUCCCAGCCUGCAUUCACACGCAUUGGAAUCUUGACUGAUUUCUCUGGAGAAAUUGGUAAAAAAAAAAAAAAAAAAAACAGUUGUUGGAACUCCUGCUUAUAAUUCUUUAUUUUAAUACCAGCUGUAUGAAUCUGAAUUUUUUUUUUAGGAGAAGGAGGGCAGAGAUCUGAAUUUUCAUGGUCUGGUGGUCACACCUCUGAUCCCUGCAGGUUCCAAACAACGUGGCGCCACUGAACUGCAGUGACACUCACAAAGUCAAACAUUUGAAUUGCCUCCUCCUCCUCUGUAUGUUUCUCUAACAUGUUGUUCGUUGGCCUUCAGACACUUGUUAGCUUCUGGUCAGUGAUUUCUUAUUUUUUGUGUGUGUGUGUGAGUUUUGUACUCUAAAGGUGAGCUGCUGGUUACACUCCCCAUAAAUCUACAGUCUCACGCCUAACAGCAAUUUAAUAUAUGCAUUCCUCUGUGUUUUAUGUGGUGAGUGGGAUGGUAUGUGUGUUUAAGAGGCUGUUUAUUGUGUAAGAGUAAAGGUGGAAGGGUUUGGCUUCUUUGUACUCCCCAACUGCUGCACUGGAAAUAAUAACUACUUGAAAAAUUCAGAUUUAUUUACCUGUAAUCUGCAGGUGGGGGGCCUAAGCAUGAUGUAUAGAUCAUCUUAUUUACUUAUAUUUUUAUUAAGUUUGCCUGGUUGGGGAGAGGGAACCUAGUGCUUUUUCACAUCAUGCUACUAGUUUUUAUGUGGAAGGCUUCAACAAGUCCCCCUGUAAGCAGGGGACUCAACUUGAUGUGACUGAAUGUUUGACUCUGCUCUCUUUGCCUGAUAUGUCUUUUCAUAAGAAAAUAAUACAACAGAACUAAUAUGUUUAUAAAGUUUUAAUUUAUUUGGUCAGUUUGAAAACUCAUUGGAGUUUUGUGCCUGUGAAAGUGGUUUUUAAUGUAUUUAGUGACUGUGUGUAUGUGUGCGUGCAUGUGUGUGUGACUGCAAUUAAUAUUCAGAUCUACAGUCUAGUUUUCAGUACCAUGUCAAAGUAUUUUCUACUUGUCUUAACAUGACAGCUGUAAUUGUAUAAGUAUAUUCAUGUCAGUGGUGAAAUUGCGAUGAUGUGAUAUUUGUUGGUAAAAGAAAUUUUUAAAUAAAGAGGUGAAAGCCUCACAUUAUAAUCA